AUGGCAGCAUCUUUAGCAGCCACAGCUACCACAGCCUCUGAUAAAGCCCCACCACGUUUAGUCGAAAUCAGUUCCAACCCAGGAACACCGCUAAAAGUCACGGAAAUCAAAACCAAUGAUACCCAAUCAGCAACAACAGCCUUGUCCAAUCUUCUUGUGACGCCUAACGCCAACGCCAACAUCAACUCGACACCACUAGUGGCUCCCUCUAAUGCUCAGAUAAUAGACGAAAAAUUCCCCGAUAAAGAUGGGGCAGUGAUAGAAGCUACAGCCACUGGAACCAGCCCAGGAUCUUCUGCUAGCCAAGAGCGUUCACUAGCGUCGACGCCCCCCGCCACAACUCCUAGUUCUGCACCAAAUACAAACAAUUUAGUAGCAGUCAACACAUAG